AUAUUUCUUUUGACCGGGGUUUCUGUCAAUAUGGUAUGAAAAUCGACGUUUGUGUCCCUAUGUCAUGUUUACGUAAAUUUAAAAAAAAAACAAUGGCUUCUAUAUCUCAGAAAAUUUUAGGACAUAUUCGGCCUUACAACCUUAUCCGUUUUACACAGAUUCAAAAUGUGCGACUUUAUAGCAGCACAGAUGCUGAAAAAACAAUUCAACAAGCAUUAGCAAACAGAUUUCCCAAAGCAACUAUUGAAGUGAAGGAUGUUUCAGGCGGAUGUGGCGCAAUGUUUGAAGUGUUCGUCGAAACAAAAGAGUUUGCUGGCUUAAAUACUCUAAAACAACAUAAACUUGUAACAAAUACGCUCAAAGAUCAGAUCAAGGAAAUGCAUGGCGUACGAAUACACACGGCUGUUCCUAGUUCUCCUUAAGACAUUCUUUUGGAAGUAGAUGUAAAUUUAUUUAUAUAUUAAAAUACAUAUGUACAAAUAUAUUUUUAGUAUGUAUAUACUGUUAUUUAAA